AGCUCUUUUUCGGCUCAGCCCAGUGCCCAGCAGCCAAGCUCAAGCUCUCGUCGAGGGAGGGCCAUGAGCUACGAAACCGCAGACUCCCAGAAGAAAGAGUUCCGCAAGUAUUUGGAGAAGAAUGGGAUCAUCUCCCAGCUGACUCGUGUGCUGGUGGGACUCUACGAGGAGCCCGAGCGUCCGGCCAAUGCCAUUGACUACAUCAAGAAAUACCUGGGGGCUCCCACAGGUGUUGACGUUGAAGAGCUACGGGCGGACAAUGAUGAACUCCGGCGCCAAAAUGCGGAGCUGGAAGCCAAGGUUGCUAGCCUCACACAGCAGCUAAAGGAGCUGCAAACUGAGCAAGAGGAGCAGGAAUAGGAGCAGUGAGGGCAGGGCCGUGCGACGCAGUGACAUGCAGCCGCGCAAUGUGAUAUGUAUCGAAAUGUGACAGCACGCGGUCCUGAGACCAUGAGACAAACGCUCGUGACUCAGGGACAAAGAGCCUGGAAGCCCAGCCAUGGACGCGUCACUGAUUUGUAC